AUGUGGAUCUAUCUUAUUUUCAUUGUAACUCUUCCAAUUAAAAUAGUUUAUCUUCAAACUUGUUCAAAUUUUGAAGAUGGUAUUGAUCGUUCUGGAUCAUGGUAUGCUCAUAUUCAAACUAUAUUAUCUGUUGUUGGAUGUUGUAAUCUAUGUAAUGCUGAAGGUAGUCGAUGUCAAUCAUGGGUAUUUGUUCGUACAGGUACUACUAUUGCAUCUGGUUGUUAUCUUAAACAAAAUAUUCCACCUAUAAAUGAACUUUCAAAUUGUCAACAAUAUUGUACAAGUGGUUUUAAACAAACAUCAUUGAUAAUUAGUGGUCGAUGUGUAUAUCCAGGUGGAGUAUUUGAAUUAGGUGUUGAUCGACCAGGUAAUACUUAUGUUCGUUUAUUAAAUAUUCAAAAUCAUUCAAGUUGCUGUGCUAUGUGUCAAAUGGAAGGUGAUAAAUGUCGAGCAUGGACAUUUAUUCGAAAUGGAGCUUCAGGCAAAGAAAAUGGAUGUUUAUUAAAAAAUCAAAUUCCACCAAUAAGUAAUGUUCCUUGUGUAGCAUGUACAUCUGGUAUAAAAUAG